GUGAUUAGAGCCAGAAAGUUCAAAAUUACAAAGCACAGAGAAUUUCAGUCUCCCGGCUUGCUUUGCAAUACCCACUUCAGCCUCUCGACCCAGGCCCCGCCCACCCUGCCCACCCCCCAUCCCGGAGUAUCAUGUGGCCCCUAGUGGCUGCCAUCUCUUGCCUGACCGUGGCCUUGUCCGGAGGAAUCUCCCAGGACUAUCCCAAGAUUCUCAAUGGCACCAACGGGACCCACGGCUUCCUCCCAGGUGGCUAUACCUGCCUCCCCCACUCUCAGCCUUGGCAGGCAGCUCUCCUGAUCCAUGGGCGGCUUCUCUGUGGAGGCGUUCUGGUUCACCCCAAAUGGGUACUCACAGCAGCUCACUGCAGGAAAGAUGGGUACACAGUUCACCUGGGCAAGCAUGCCCUGGGGCGUGUGGAGAGUGGCGAGCAGGCAAUGGAGGUGGUCCGCUCCAUCCCGCAUCCUGAGUACCAGGUCAGCCCCACCCACCUGAACCAUGACCAUGACAUCAUGCUCCUGGAGUUGAAGUCUCCAGUGCAGCUCAGUGGCCACAUCCGUACUCUGCCGCUCUCCCAAGAUGACUGCCUGCCCACCGGCACCUGCUGUCGUGUGUCUGGCUGGGGUACCACUACCAGCCCCCAGGUGAAUUACCCCAAAACCCUGCAGUGUGCCAACAUUGAACUGCGCUCAGAUGAGGAGUGUCGGCAGGUGUACCCGGGGAAGAUCACUGCCAACAUGCUCUGUGCUGGUACCAAGGAAGGCGGAAAGGACUCCUGUGAGGGUGACUCCGGGGGCCCAUUGGUUUGCAACGGCAAACUCUAUGGCAUCAUCUCAUGGGGGGAUUUUCCAUGUGGACAGCCCAACCGACCUGGUGUUUAUACACGAGUCUCAAAAUACGUGCGUUGGAUCUGGGAGACCAUCAGAAACACUUCGGAGCAGAGGCGGACAAAGGGCACACAAUAAAACUGAGUUCAUUUGCCUGCCUCCCUUCCCUACUGUGCCUAUCUCACUGUGUGUUCCUCCCUUCUCUGUCACCUCUGCCCUAAGUGCCGCUUUGGAACACAGACUCAUAGUCACUGACAGCCACAUCCCCUCCACCAGCCUUGAAACACCCCAGUAACUUGAGUGCUCUACACCAAACACCAUCCAAGUCCA